AGGGGGAAAGCAGAGAGUGAGCUGGUGUCUUUGCAAGCAUUUACAUCAGCAUCGUUACAGCAAAACCUCUGCUGCCACAGCUGUAGUCAUCCAGGGAGAAAGAUGCACAAGGCAGAUCAAGGGAUGGGAAAAGAAUGAGGCUCUUACAGUUGGAAGUACCUCAACAGCAUUUACAAGGUACAGUGAUUGAUUUCCACUGUGUACCUCAGCAGUGGGAGCUUAACCAGGUUUUCAUCCUCAGAGACCAAAGCAGCAGACAGCUGCAUCAGGAAAUACUCUGAUUCAGGGUGGGUUGUGACUGAUGGCAUAAAGUCUGAACCUCCUGACGAUCGCAGUAUCAUCUUCUGGACUUCAAAGCAGCUUUUGACCUCAUUUUCAAGCCACUGUUUUCUGGCCGCACUUCCUGGCUUUGAAGAAUGGGUGAUGGGCCUGUGACUGAUCUUGCCUGCCUGCCUCGUCCUGCCCUUCAAUGGAGCCGACGUGGAACUCCUCCCACACACCUCCACAGCCCAUAUCCAACAUGUCUGCCUCCUCUCUGCCCGAGGGCUGGGCUCUGUCCCAGUCGCUAGCCCUGCUGGCGAUGCUGCUCAUGGAUCUGCUGGCUGUGGUGGGUAACGUGGCUGUCAUGGCGGUCAUUGCAAAGGCCCCACAGCUCCACAAGUUUGCCUUCGUUUUCCACCUGUGCGUGGUGGACCUGCUGGCAGCCCUGGUGCUGAUGCCCCUUGGCAUGCUCUCAAGCCGAGCUUUCUUCGGAGAGGCCCUGUGCCGGAGCUACCUCUUUCUCAGCGUGUGCCUCGUCAGUGCUGCCAUCCUCUCUAUCUCUGUCAUAAACGUGGAGCGUUAUUACUACAUCAUACACCCCAUGCGCUACGAAGUAAAGAUGACUGUCGGCCUGGUAGCUUCAGUGCUAGUGGGGAUAUGGGUCAAAGCUCUGGCCAUGUCUGCUCUGCCACUGCUCGCUUGGUUCCUGCAAGGUGGAAGAACUCCUCUUCUGGAGAGUAGUGGGGUCGGGGGAGGAGGUGACGGGGCCGUCCCAUCUCCCCCAGCUCAGGGUCACAGGCGCUGCUCACUGCACUGGACAGGGGGAGGGUCGAACCGCUUGGCCUUCAUGGUCCUCUUCACGCUGGUGUAUUUCCUGUGUCCACUACUGGUCAUUCUGGUUGUGUAUUGCAACAUGUUCAAGGUGGCUCGUGUCGCCGCCAUGCACCACGGCCCCCUGCCCACCUGGAUGGACACACCGCGGCGCCAACGGUCAGAGUCGCUCAGCAGCCGUUCCACGAUGGUUACCAGCUCUGGGACGGGGACUGGGACCGGCAGAGUGACUCCACAUCGGCCCUUUGGGGGAGGAAAGGCUGCAGCAGUGUUAGCGGCAGUGGGUGGGCAAUUCCUUUGUUGCUGGCUGCCCUACUUUACUUUCCACCUGUAUUCAGCACUGGCUGCCAGCCCUCCAGCCACACUGGCCUCUCUGGAGGAGGUGGUCACCUGGAUUGGCUACUUCUGCUUCACCUCCAAUCCCUUUUUCUAUGGCUGUCUCAACAGACAGAUCCGGGAGGAGCUGGGCAAGCACUUGCCUUGUUUGUUUCGUCGGGCAGGGGUUGAGAUGGAGGACAGACUGCCCAGCCGAGAAGGAUCCAUAGAGGAGAACUUCCUUCAGUUUCUUCAGGGCACUGGCUGCAACUUGGAUCCUCAAAACUCUCACAGCACUUCUAGUCCGAAGGGGGAGGCCUGCUGCCCCGUGUCUCAGCCCCAGCCACCAGAGCCAGCGCAGCCCAUUCCCAUUGAUUUCCGUAUCCCUGGACAAAUCGCAGAGGAGACUUCAGAGUUCAUUGAGAUUGAACAGGCGAAAAACAACCAUAUAUAUACAGACAAUUAAGCUUUUCAUUUCUUUAUAUUCUGAAAAUAUGUUUGAAGUGUUUCAGGAAAACAUGUUUCUCUAUUUCUGUUGAAAGCUGUCCAGCAGAUAGCUCAGUUGAUUUACAUGACUUUAAAUUGUAUCUAUGAAUCAUUGCACUUUGCCUCAUCCGUUAUCAUCCUAGUCUUUGAAAACAGUCAAGGUAAAACAGUUAAAUGCAGUUGUCUGGGAUGCAUUUCAAACUUUUGCUUGUGAACAGGGAAAUUAAUGCUAGAUUUAGAAAAAACAAAAAAAAAAACGGCUGUAUUUUGGCCUGCCACACAACCACCCAGCUAUGUACAGUAAAUGACUCGGUGAAUUAAUGUUGAUGUAACUUGUUAAGGCUUUUUUAAAGAUUAAAAAAAAUAACAUUAAUUAGGUGCUGGGUUGUAGGAAGGAACUCAACAAUUUAAACACACUGGAGUCCUCUCAAGUAAUUACUUUGCCAUUGUGCAGUUAUGUUCUGCCAUUGGAUAAAUUGAAUUUAGUAAUUCAAAAAUUAGGAUGAAAUUAUUUCACAAAUCAAGAUUUUUUUAGCAAGUCAUUUACUUAAAAAAAGAGUUAUAUAAAUUACAACACAAUAAAUGAAAGAAGACAGCAAUAAAAUACAGAAAUAUUUUGGAAAUCCACUGAGGAAAAAGUACUACUGUCACCUUUGAUUGGUAGUUGGGCUUGAAUCAGUGAAAAUGCCAGCCUUAAGGCCUCAGUCAGCCUGAUUUUUUUCAAUUUGGACGUGUACAUAUUGUGGCUUAGCCUCUCAUGAAAUUGCUAAGUUGUUUACAGAUAAACUUUCUUUGGUGCUUGUCCAAACACAUCCUUCUUUAAUUUCCUAUAAAGCAAGUCAGAUCUAAUGUGACUCAGUUUACGCUGUAGGUUGACUUUAUAACUGAUUUUUAGGGUCACCCAGCUUUCUGCCAUGUGGUGUAUUUAUCAGUGUGUUUGGAUAUACAUCUUAAAAAUCAGUAUUCUCUUGAUGCAUUGCAUUACAUUCACAUAUGAUUCUAUUUCUUACAUUGUUUAAUGUACUAAACUGUGUGGUAUGUUUAGUAAAAUUGUAAGCUUGGGUUGUGUAUCCAUUCAACACACUCAUUUUUCUUUUUUUAUUGGUAAGUAUAAACAUUUGUUAUAAAGAUCAUGACAAAAAGGCCAAUGUAUUUUAACUUGUAUGCAGUAACUGCCUUCUUAUUAUAAUUGUUUUUCCAACAGCGGAGAUUUUUAUUCCAAAGGAGAAUCCAUGUAGAUUUUUUGGACUAUCCUGUUCAUCAGGGUUUUAACAGUACCUCAGUGCAGGAAAUAUUAAUGUUUUAGGGUCACGUGCAGUUCCAUGUCAAGUAUGAUUCCUGCCCAUAAUCGUACUUGUAUUUUAAUGUUGUAAGGAGACUAAGACAGACAGAAUUUGGUUGUUGAGGUUUUAUUAGACACAAUGGUGGAUAUUUUGUUAGGCUUUUCAGCUUGUUGAUGAGAUGAAACUGUAUUUUAUAGCAAGAUCUUAGGGUGAAAUGUGCUAAUCUAUCUGUGGAAAUGCUUGACUGAAACAAGGGUCUUUCUUAUGUAUUGUGGAAACAGGGUUUUUAAGAUACUUUUAAAUGACAGCGCUAAUCCACAAUCAAUAGCUUGCUGAGCUUGACACCUUCUUUUCAUCACAUCUAAAUAUCCCAAACUGUGAAUGGUGUUGAACGUUUGUGUUAGGAUUUUCACUUGUUCAGAGAUUGUUUUUUUUUUAAUGCUGUAAUUAAAAUAAAGAAUGACUUCCACAGUACUGCAAUGAUAUGAAUGUGUUUAGGAAAAAAAACAAAACAAGGCUAAAACUUGAGCGAGAGAUACUGUUGUAAUAAAGAGUUUCUAUGUUUGUAAAAUA